ACGUCGGUAGUAACAAUUCUGACAGUUCCGAAGAGUCCCUUAAACCAACAAGCCAAAGCCUUUUGGAACUUCCAAGUGAGGAGUUCUUAACCAAGGAAGAGGAAGCUGAGAGCAGUGUUCCAUUACCAAAAGAUAUCUUCAGUCAGGGAUCCUACCAUUCUGUUGAUAUAUCCAUGACAACCAAGGAAGAGAAAGCUGAGAGCAGUGUUCCCCUACCAAAAGAUAUCUUCAGUCAGGGAUCCUCCCAUUUUGUUGAUAUCUCAAGCUCAAGUCAUGCUCCUCCAUCCAGCUUUCCUCUCCAGUCUUCUUGUGAAGAAACCAGCACUGAGCUCACUGCUAAAAAUAUUCUGGACAUCAUCAUGAAGAGAAUUUUCCAAGAUGCUGAGCAGGUUAAAGAUCUUGAUCUCAUAGAUACCAACUCAGCUAGAGAGAGAAGGCUGGACAUGCUGCGAUCUACAGAAACCAUACAGCUGUUGUCACCUGAGCUUGUUCAGGAGGUGCACUGCUUUAUUAUGGUGGACAGCAAUGCUCUCUCCGUUUUAAAAAGGGCGUCCUACAGGAUCAACACUGAGCUGGCACUUUUAAAGACAGAAGGAGGCGGAAGGCUGGAACUAGCAAGGCAGGCUUUCUCUGAGCUAGUUCAUGUCUUCAUCGGGAAGUGUGUGAGACACUUGCUGCUGGAAUUCUUCUGCUUUCUUACCCAGCAUUAUGAUAAAUCCGAAGGUCUGAUUGCGGCCACAGCGGCAAGCCCCAGUGGUCCACUCCAGGAUGUGUCACGUUCUGUAGCAAAGAGUGAAACUUCAGAUGUUUGUGGUGGAAAAAGUGCCCAGAUAGUGUUGAAACCUCCCUCAGAGGCCAGCAGUAACACCAUGGAAUUGUUAGUCACUCUGAUGGUCAAUGAAGUUAUGAAAUUCCUGUCUGUGAAAGUUGGUGGCUUUAAUCAAGGUGAGAUUAUAGAUCUAUAGAGUCGGUGUACUAUAAACUACAGAGGGAAGAGUUAUUGAGAAUAUUUUUGCAACUUAUUUACCAUGUAUUUAACAUUCAUUUUGAACUUUUGUUUUAUUGUUAAACCUAGUGGUGGUUUCACAUUUUCUUUGUGUUAUCUGAAUGUUUUGUGCUAUUAGAAUCUGGCUAGUAUUUACACAAUUAUGAUAACCCAGGUUUUACCGUCUUGAAGUGUUUCUUUCAGGUAUCUUGCGCUACACUGUUGGAAACAGUAAAUGAAGGAACUGAUACCAUGAGCUGUGAGAAAGUGGAGCCCACAAGUGACAAAACCCUACAGAAUGGGAAUAUGGUUGAGGUAAAGUUGUUCACAAAG